ACGUUUGACUGUUGAAGUCAAAACAUUCUUUCCGAUAACCUCUCCUUGACACAAUCAUUUCAAAUUUGAAACUCACCUCACCAUAACUUUCACCCACCACCUCACACCAGAUCUACUACUAAUCUCUCCAAAUCCCCUUCACAUUUCACACAUAAAUCAAUUUCUAGUGCUAAAUCCAACCCUAAUGCACAAUUUGAGUCCUCAAUACCUCAAAACCGUUUUUUCCUGAUAAAAUACUCUCUGAUGGAAUUUACAGAAUCUUUUAAGCAGACUGGCCCCUGUUGUUUCUCUCCAAAUGCUCGCUACCUUGCUGUUGCUGUGGAUUAUCGCCUUGUCAUUCGAGAUGUUUUGUCUUUUAAGGUUGUACAAUUGUUUUCUUGUAUGGAUAAAAUAAGCUAUAUCGAGUGGGCCCAAGAUUCCGAAUACAUACUAUGUGGACUUUACAAGAAGCCCAUGAUACAAGCAUGGUCAUUAGCACAACCUGAAUGGACAUGCAAAAUAGAUGAAGGUCCAGCCGGGAUUGCUUACGCCAGGUGGAGCCCAGACAGUCGCCACAUACUCACCACAUCAGAGUUCCAGUUACGGCUCACCGUUUGGUCACUUUUAAACACUGCAUGUAUACAUGUGCAGUGGCCAAAACAUGCUUCUAAAGGGGUGUCUUUCACGAAAGAUGGGAGUUUUGCGGCAAUAUGCACAAGGCGUGAUUGCAAAGAUUAUAUAAACCUAAUAUCUUGCCAAUCAUGGGAAAUCAUGGGUGUUUUUGCUGUCGAUACAUUAGAUCUUGCUGAUGUUGAAUGGUCACCAGAUGAUACUGCGAUUGUUAUAUGGGACUCCCCUCUUGAAUAUAAGGUUCUGAUAUACUCGUUGGAUGGACGGUGUCUAUCAAAAUAUCAAGCAUAUGAAAGUGGAUUGGGUGUAAAAAGUGUUUCUUGGUCUCCUAAUGGCCAGUCUUUAGCAGUUGGUAGUUAUGAUCAGAUGUUAAGAGUUCUAAAUCACUUAACCUGGAAAGUAUUUGCAGAAUUUAUGCAUCUAUCAACUCUAAGAGCUCCUUGUUCUGCUGCUGUUUUUAAGGAGGUUGAUGAGCCCUUACAGCUUGAUAUGUCUGACUUGUCUUUAUCAGAUGAUUUUACACAACAAAAUUCUGAAUAUGGUCCACCAUUUAUAGAUGUUAGAUAUGAUGUUAUGGAAUUGCCCAUUACCUUGCCUUUCCAAAAGCCUCCUACUGACAAGCCAAACCCUAAGCAAGGAAUCGGUAUAAUGUCAUGGAGCAAGGACAACCAAUACAUCUGCACUCGCAACGACAGCAUGCCAACCGUCUUAUGGAUUUGGGACAUGAACCUUCUUGAGCUCGCUGCCAUUUUGAUACAGAAAGACCCGAUUCGCGCCGCAGCAUGGGACCCAACAUGCACUAGACUAGUUUUGUGCACCGGGACCUCCCACGUGUACAUGUGGACCCCAUCUGGUGCUUACUGUGUAAAUGUUCCACUACCACAAUUCUCCGUGAUGGAUCUAAAGUGGGAUUUUAAUGGUAGCUGUCUUCUACUUAAGGAUAAAGAGGUGUUCUGUUGUGCUGCUGUUCCUUUGCUACCCGAUGACUCUAACAGUGAUUAUAGCUCAGAUAAUUGAGGCGAUUUUAUAAAAGAUUAGAGUAGUUUUGUAUAUGCAAGAUUUUUAUGUAAUUUUCUGUGUAGAUGCUGAUAACAUGUUCAGACAUCAAAAGUGUCUAUCUACCUCAAGAAUCUUGUGCAUUGGUGACAUGUUACAUUCAUGUUUGAUGAUUUAAUGAUUUUAUGUUGUGCCACGA